CCUCUUUUGUCCACAGGUGUCUUAAUCAAAUAUGGCGGCGCCCAUGUUAAAUAACUUGAUUACUCAAUGACAAUAUUAUUUACAAUUACAUCAGUCAUCAUACCUUAAGUUUAACGACAGUUUCCUUGCUGUAUAAUUAAACGUUAUCUCAUACCUUUGAUCUGUCAAAAUCCAGUCGUGCUGACGCAGCAGCAUCCUCUGUGAUCAUGCAAGCUUCCCAAGUCCGCUCACUGACCUGUCUCGUCUGCCGCACCCAUCAUCGUGCGGUACAAACUACCAGACAGUCUCCCAUCAUACGCCAUGCAAGCUCAGAGGCGAGCCGUCAAGCUAUGAUUGAUAAGAUCAUCCGUGUGGAUCAUGCAGGGGAAGUCGGCGCUGAUAGGAUCUAUGCUGGGCAAAUGGCAGUGCUCGGCAAAACAUCCGUAGGUCCCAUUAUUCAGGAAAUGUGGGAUCAAGAGAAGCACCACAGGGCGACAUUUGAGAGGUUGAUUCCAGAACACAGGGUCCGACCGACAGCGUUACUUCCUAUAUGGAAUAUUGCAGGCUUUGCAUUAGGUGCUGGUACAGCAUUGUUAGGGAAGGAGGGUGCAAUGGCAUGUACAGUGGCUGUAGAAGAGUCUAUAGGAGGACAUUACAACAGUCAAAUCAGGGAACUUCUUGAGGACGAUCCAGAGAAACAUGCAGAGCUGCUCAAGAUCAUUAAGCAAUUCAGAGAUGAGGAGUUGGAACAUCUAGACACUGGGCUGGAGCAUGAUGCUGAGCAGGCACCGAUGUACUCGGCACUCUCCACAGUAAUCAAAACCGGAUGCUCUGCUGCUAUAUGGCUAUCGGAGAGGAUAUGAAGAUGACAUCAUGGAGUGGGCGCCCUCUAUUGACUGCACCUGUUAAACUGGCAGGCACAUAAUCCAGAUAAUGAACACCAAUUGAGAUUUAAGCAUAACAUUAUGGACAUAGUGUCCUACGUGCAUAGAUAGUUUAGGGGAUUUUCCCUGGAUAGGAUUGGACACUCCCUGUUGUGGUCACUAUGAAAACAACACAACAACAUGCAAGCGAUUUUUGUUUAUUUAUGUACAGUUCAUGUUUUAUUUAUGUCUUUUUUUUCAUUAAAAAAUUUGAUCAGUGUACAUUGUGUUCACCAGCAGGCUCAUAACAAAGAUUGGAGUAGAAAGCAUUUUGCAAAUAAACUUGGACUUGUACCAACUGAAUGAUGUGUAUUAUGAGUUACUGACUAAAAGACUUCAUCUUAAAGAAUAUUUUGGUCAAAUAAUCUGUAGUAUCACAAGCAGUGUAAGUUUUCAAUCGGGGGAUUUAAAUUCAUGAAUUAGCCUAAAUCUCCAAUUUAAUUUGUUCCAAGAAGAAUUUAAAAAAAAUUAAUAAAUUUGUUGGUAAAUGUGAAGUCACCAUAAGGUUAAGCACCAUGAUUGAUGGUUGUUUUUUUUUAGGAAUAUGACAAAAAAGUUUGGAGGCUCCAUUAAAAUAAUCUUUUGUGAACACGG